AUGAAAACUGUUGCUUAUGUGUUGAGCGCGGGUGCUGGCGCAUUUGGAGCGUUGAUUCUAUACAGAGAUAAAUAUGUUAGUGUGAACUACAAAGGUACUGAACAAUUACUCGGUAAAACAUGUGUUAUCACUGGUAGUAACAGUGGUAUCGGCAAAGAAGUAGCCAGAGAUUUUGCUCAGCGAGGAGCUCGAGUAGUAAUGGCUUGUCGAGACAUAAAGAAAUGUGAAUUAGCUCGUGAUGAAAUUAUAAAUGAAACAAAUAAUACAAAUGUUGUUUGUUAUGAAUGUGAUUUAGCAUCAAUUGAAUCAAUUAAAAGUUUUGCAUUACGAUUUAACACUGAGGAAAAAUAUUUACAUAUAUUAGUGAAUAAUGCUGGUAUUAUGUGGCAUCCACAAAAAUUAACAAAAGAUGGUUUUGAACUACAUCUUGGCGUCAAUUAUCUUGGUCAUUUUUUAUUAACAAAUCUUUUAAUUGAUAAAUUGGCUAAAUGUUCACCAAGUCGUGUUGUAAAUUUAACAUCGGCAGCUCACAAACGUGGUGUUAUUGAUUUUGAUGAUUUAAAUAUGUCUAAAAAAGUUUAUAAUGCCAAAUAUGCUUAUGAGCAAAGUGAAUUAGCACGUGUAUUAUUCACAAGAGAAUUUUGUCGACGAUUUUCUGAUAAGGGUGUUACGUCAUACGCUGUUCAUCCGGGCAUUGUUCGCUCAAAUAUUUCUCAAUACACAAUUGAUAAUUCGAUUAUUAGUGGAACUAUCAUCGGACCAUUUAUGUCGGCAUUUAUGAAAAGUUCAAAAACGGGCGCACAAAAUGUUAUCUAUUGUGCAUUAGAUAAAUCGAUAGAAAAUGAGUGCGGAAAAUACUACAGUGAUUUAACAGAAAGUAAACCAUCCAAAGAAGCAUUAAACGAUGCUAAUGCUAAACGAUUAUGGGCAAUCAGUGAAAGAUGGACAAGACUAAAAUAG